CCUGAGCAGCCCAACGUGCUUGCCGUGGCCGUGGCUAUUUCGUGCGAGACCGGCGUCUUCGAGAUGGAAGAGCUUGACGGGUACACCUGUUACGCCGUGCAGCUCCAGCUGUGCGAGCACCACCGGUUCUUGGCCGCCUGCCACGGCAUGGGGGAUGCAACACGGGCGGUGGAGGAAGCCGCGCGGCAGCUGGAGGACGUGUACCAGGCGCGAGAUGACUUGCAACAACGGCUGGAAUCUGCGCAGCGAGCUCCCAGCAGCAAUUCUUCUCCCAGCAAGCCUUCCAGCGACGUCCCUUCGGUCAAGAUCUUCCAGGGCGCCGGGCGACCCAGGCCGUCACAAGCGCCGCGUCCUGGUCGCGUGCAAAGCGGACAAUUCGGUGGCACCAACCUGGACGCUGGACUGUUUCCUCAAAAGG